AUGGUCUGCAUCAGUACUGUCUCAUAUUCAAUUAUUGUCAAUGGGAAGCCAAUCAAACCAUUUGAAGCAAAAAGAGGAUUAAGACAAGGAGAUCCCCUUUCACCAUUGCUAUUUGUAAUUGCUAUGGAGUACCUAUGUAGGCUAAUGAAGCAGCUAGGAAACAACAAAGAAUUCAGAUUUCAUCCAAGGUGUGCUAAAGUGAGACUAAUACAAUUGGGAUUUGCUGAUGACCUGCUGUUAUUUUGUAAGGGAGAUGUGCAGUCUGUUAUGGCAUUGCAUAAACAAUUCCAAAUAUUUUUUACAGCUUCUGGGUUAGUGGCAAACACAAGUAAAAGCAGUGUAUAUUUUGGAGGUGUAGAUAGUAGGACACGGCUGAAGAUAAUGGAAGUACUAGGAUACACUAAAGGUGAUCUACCUUUUGGAUACCUUGGAGUUCCCUUGAGUACAAAAAGAUUGUCAGCAAUUCAAUGCGAGCCUCUGAUUGAUAAAAUGCUUAAUAGAAUUCAAUGCUGGACAGCCAAGUUUCUAUCUUAUGCAGGAAGAGCAACACUGAUCAAAAAUAACAAUAUAUGGGAUACUAAACCAAAGAAUGCCUCCUGGGUAAUCCAGAAAAUAUUCAAGGCCAAGGCACAAUUCCAAGAGGCUGGAUACUCAGAGGAUGAUGUGAGGUACAAUGACAGUUUUUCCACCAGAAAGAUGUACAAAGCACUACAAGGGGAAUUUCAAAAGGUGACAUGGAGAUGCUUAGUAUGCAACAACAAGGGAAUGCCAAAAUGGAUCUUUAUCCUAAGAUUAGCUAUACAAGAUAGGUUAGCUACUAAAAAAAGACUAGCAAGAUGGGGCUCAGUAGAUGAAACUUUGUGUACAAUGUGCCACAUGAACAAUGAAACAGUGCAGCACUUGUUUUUUGACUGUGAUUAUUCAAAUGAGAUAUGGCAGAAGUUACUAUCCUGGAAAGGGGUCAUGAGAAGAAAAAAACAGUGGAAGGAAGAAGUUCAAUGGGCAGAGAAGAAUGCAGCAGGGAAGAAUGCAGGAGCAGAGAUAUACAGAAUGGUUUUGGCUGCAGCAGUCAACCAUAUUUGGCAAGCCAGAAACAAUAUUAUUUUUCAGGAGAAACAAAUCAAUGCACAGAGUAUAGUGAAAACGAUAGUUCAGGAGAUACAUAUAAGAGCUCAACAUUAUAAAAAAACUGGAUAUUUAUCUAAGUAA